UCAUGCUACUUGCAAGCAGCUCAUUUGAAGGAGCCCCAGCCAAGUGCAAGGAGGAUGAAUGAACCCUACAGCCCUGAGACACCCCGACCCAUCAGCAGCACCUCGCCUGGCACCAUGAAGAUGUUCAUGGGCUUCCUCACCGUAUUUAUUGUCGCACAGAUGAUCGGGACCGUGCUCUUCUGUUUAUAUCUUCACAUGAAGAUGGAUAAGAUGGAAGAAGCGUUGAGCUUAAAUGAAGAUUACAUCUUCCUGAGGAAAGUACAGAAAUGUCGGACACCAGAAGGUCAGAAGUCAACAUUACUGGACUGUGAACAGAUUUUAAAGCGUUUCCAGAAUCUCCAGUACAAGGACGGAGCCAUCGAGGAGCAGCCCAAGUAUGACAUGCAGAGAGGUCAUGAGCACCAUGAACAUCCCCAUUUGACACACAAGAAUGAGACAUCUGUGGCAGCAGAGAAGAGGCAGCCAAUUGCAGUCCACCUGGCAGUUCAGAAAAGCGACAAUGGAGGCUCAGUGCUACAGUGGCAGGAGACCAUGUAUGGCCCCACAAACAUCUUGAUAUCCAACCACGAGGGGAAACUGAAGGUGAAGGAAGCAGGGCUCUACUACAUCUACUCCCAAGUCAGCUUCUGCACCAAGGAAGCAUCCUCAGCACCCUUCACCCUCUUUAUGUACUUGCAUCUCCCCGAGGAAGAGGACCGGCUCUUGCUGAAGGGACUACAGACACAGGGCACCGGGAGUGACUGCGAACUCCGGUCCAUCCGGGUGGGAGGUGUCUUCAAGCUCCGGGAAGAUGACAUGGUCUUUGUCAACGUGACAGACUCCACAAAACUGAACUACAACCAUGGCAACAACUACUUUGGCAUCUUCAAGCUGUAGUGAGGAACCCGAGCUGCGGUUCCAGCCCAACUUUGUUGAGCAACGUGCCUUUCCCUGUUUCCCUUUAUUUAUGUUCCUCUGCCUCUUUGUUUUUCUUGUUUCUUAAUUUGUAUAUUUUGUUAUUUAUUAAUGAGGGCCAGGGGGCCCUGAGAACACAAAUGGAACAAAGUUUGAGGCUG